UCCCUUCACUCUCUCUCUCUCUCUAUCUCUCUCUCUCUAAACCGUUAUGUUUCACAACUGAACACAACUGUCGAUCUCUCUUCGAAACCCUAAUCUCUCUCUUCCAAAUCAAUUCUUUCCCCCAAAAGUUCAGUAGCCAUGGACACGCCUUCGGUUUCUUGGGGCCCCCGUACUGUCGAAGAAAUCUUCAAAGACUACAGCGGCCGUCGCGCCGGCGUCCUUCGCGCUCUAACUCACGAUGUCGAUGAAUUCUACUCACUCUGCGAUCCAGCUAAGGAGAAUUUGUGCUUGUUUGGAUACCCUAAUGGAACAUGGGAAGUGGCAUUGCCAGCGGAGGAGGUUCCGCCAGAGCUUCCUGAGCCGUCGUUGGGGAUUAAUUUCGCGAGGGACGGGAUGGACAAGAAACACUGGAUGUCACUGGUGGCUGCGCACACCGAUUCUUGGUUGCUUUAUGUUGCUUUCUAUUACGGAGCUCGCGUUGAUCGUAAUGGGAGGAAGCAUCUAUUUAGCCUUAUAAAUGAUCUGCCUACGAUAUUUGAAGCCGUGGCGGAGUGGAAGCCUAUAAAGCACCAGGCCAGUAUGCAUAGCGGAAGCAAAUCUAGAACCGGAACUACGAGACCAAGUAACGGGCAGUCAAAAAGCAACAUGAAACCAUAUAGUCACGGUGAUGAGGAAGACGAAGAUGAGCACGGCGAGACCCUUUGCGGGACCUGUGGGGGAAAUGACAGUGUGAGUCAGUUCUGGAUAGGCUGUGACGGUUGUGAGCGGUGGUUCCAUGGCAAGUGUGUAAAAAUAACACCAGCCAUGGCAGAAAAUAUCAAACAGUACAAAUGCCUCCCUUGCAGCACUAAAAGCAGCCGUUAGGGGCUGAUGAAGAUUUGCAGCUGCUUAAACCUAGUUGUUCUGUUAAUAUUAGUAUUUCAGCCUUUUCCUUUGAUUUUUCUCCGUUCCUUUCUCUUCUAACGGUAGUUUAGUUGUUAACGAAAGAAAAAAUAGCAUUUCGAAUUCAAAAGUUGAAUUUAUCACCUUCACAAGGCACAUCUCUAUGCUAUUUUUUUUUUUUUUUG